AUGACGGCCGAGUUUUCAAUGUUAAUUUUUGGUUGUUUCGUCAUACUGGGGCUUUAUGUGGCAACAAGUUCCAAUGUAACAGACACUGAACUAAGAUCGAUCUCAUCCGAAAUAUGGAAGUCUGACAACAACAGUCUUACAGAAAAUGAUGUUAAGUUAAACAUAAAUGGUACCAAGCUAUUCACAUACGUGAACGAAAAAAAACUUGUUGGUUCGUAUCGACUACUGGACAAACUAUUCGACAAUUACAUCGCGAAAACUGGUGUAGCGGAGAAGAACGAGACUGGAGAGUAUGACGAGGUGGAGCAGUUCUUGAAUGCUACCCUAGCCACGAAGCCCAUGAAAAUUAUGCACCAGUUCCUAUCCAAAAAAGAUUUAGCAUCAGCCGACAUCCAAUCAUUCAAGAAACAACUACGUCAGUUCUGGUUCACCGAGUAUUCAAGAUCGGGUGGUGUUAAGGAUAGCAGUGGUUUCGAACACGUGUUCCUGGGAGAGACGAAGAAAGGUGAGGUCAUCGGCUUUCACAACUGGCUGUUUGCUUACAAGCAGGAGAAGUUGGGCAUCUUUCGUUAUGAAAGUCUUAUCAGGACUUGCCCGAACAGUGUUCUCGCGUUCAAGUUCAAAUGGAUAGACGGCUACACGAAGCCGAUAUCCUCGCUUUUUAUAAGAGCGAGUCCAGAGGUGGAGAUGGCCUUGUUCACUCUGUGCUUCGUGACCAGAGCUAAUAAGAACUGCCCGGUCGAACUGAAUGGUCAGAAGCAGACGAUCGCCACUUUUGACAUGGGCUCUAAUAAAACUAUGAAUAUCGCGACGACAUACGUUGUCUGUUGA